GAUGACCCCUCCGGUCCCGUCCAGCCUUCCUGUCUCCGAUCCGAUGUCGCAAAGCACCACCCGCUCCGCGAUGCUGCACCGUCGCUUCCUCAAGGUAUUCAUUCCCACCGCCAGGCUCCCGGGUGCGACCCGCCCGCGGGAUCUGGAAAGGAAACAGCCGCUUUCCCCUCGGCGCUUGGAGCCCCCAGGCCUUGCGGCUUUGCAUCAAGGGGCGCCGCUGCGCGGAGCCGGGGCUUUGAUCAGCAAGAGUCGGGCGAGUCUCAGGCUGAGCGCUCCGCGCGGGGCGGGGCCUGCGCUGCCAGCGGGGCCUGCGCUGCCAGCGCCUGCCUACAGCAGGGCCGGGGCGGGGCUGAAGUGCAGUUUGGCAGAGGUGCGCCGGGGGCGGCGGCAGUUUCGAAGACUGCGGUGGGCGCGAUGCGGCGGGGCCGCGUGGCCUGGGCCUGCCCAGAGCUGGAGGAGCCGGAAUGCAGCAUUCAAGAAAAGAUCAACUUUGAAAUCCACAUGCGAGAAGGAAUUUGUAAGCUGCUUACAGUGAGCACUCAAAAAAAUCAAAUUUUGCAAGUAGUUAAAAACCUGAUGGUUUGCAAUGAUCGUAUACUUGUCUACAGGACAGAGCUCCAGAAACAAAAAGAGCCAAUCACAUGUGCAAAUGAAGGAUGGUUAGCAGAAGUCGGGAGUUUUCUAUUGCAAACUGAGACUCUUGGUAUUCAUCCAUUCAAAAAGGUCUGUGGUGGGGAUUCUUGCUGCUCAGGAGCAUGUAUCUCUUUUUUUAGAAUAAGUGGAAUAGAACUUGUAUGCAGUAUUGAGAAGAGUGGAAUUCAGUUGUUCACCAUAAAUAGCAUGCAGUGUGCAAAGGAAGAGUUGCCAUAUCAGGAUCACAGCGCUAUGCAAUUUUUGCUCAUUCAAAUGGGAGCUAAGGUUUUUGAUACAGAUGUGGCUAUUGAGGAUAGUUUUGAAAAUGUAACCAUGUUCAAUGAAGCAGGACCUGACUUCCAGCUGAAGAUUGAAGUAUAUAGUUGCUGUAUGGAUGAGUCUUCAUCUGUAACAAACACUCCUAAAAAGCUAGCCAAGAAACUCAAAACAUCAAUUGGCAAAGUUACUGGGAAGAAAUUCAAAUCUCUGCCAGAAGACAACUCUGAAUCCUUUUUGUUCACUGACCCACGCAUACUAGUUUCCAACAGGCUCUACUCACGGUGCUCCAGGCUGAUUCAACUGCUGCUGCCCUUGGGGAAUGCUUUCGCUCCCAUGCCUCUGCACAGGAAUUGGCUCUGUCGCUCAAACUUCCUCUCUCGGCUUCGGCUCCUCCCCCUUCUGGGGAAAAGCAGCAAGUUAAGUCCCACUCCUCUUAUAAGAGCUCACGUUAAAAUAUAUACAAAUCACUGUCUGGCUUUAUGGGCAAUGGUUGUGACUUUUUCAGAGGAAUCUUCUUUCUGGCUUCCUUUGUAUGGAAGCAUGUGCUGCUGUUUAGUUGUUCAACCAUCCUGCAUGACUGACGAUGUGGUGAUGGGAUUUCUUCAUCAUCAGGAAAACACAAUCCGUGCUGUGCAUAAGGAUUCCAAGAAAACUCAUAAUUUUUCUAUUAUUAAUCCUGUGGCUGGAGAGGCUGUGACUCAAAUUUUUGCAGCUGACAAUAGGGAAGAACUUCAUAAGUGGAUGGAAGCUUUUUGGCAGCAUUUCAAUGAUUUAGGCCAUUGGAAACAUUGUUGCGAAUAAUUAAUGAAAAUUGAGAUUAUGUCACCACAGAAACCACCUUUGUUCUUGACAAAAGAGGCAACCUCAGUCUACCAUGAUAUAAGCAUUGAUUCACCAAAGAAACACAAGGGCUUAGUUGACAUUAUACAAAGAAAAAUUGAGGAAACUGAUGGAGAGUUCCUGAUCGGCCAGCAGAAAGAGUCUGUACCUUCUCUGUGGGCCCCCAUAUUUGCUGGUGCUCACCAGAUGCUUGUCCAGAAAAGUAUUGUACUUCCAUGUGAAACUACUAGUCCUAAUGAUAGCAAAGGGAAGAAAAGAAGAGCUCCACUGCUGCCAACUGAUAAGCCACCAUACAGCUCAAAAACACAGAUGAACACAGACCAGUUGGACAAGGAGAACUUUGGGAAGAAGUCUGCCAUUACACAUAGGACCUCUUCUUCUUUUGAUUCCAAGUUAUCUUCCGUAAUGCAUCACUUGCAGAAGCCCGUUGCUGCUCCUCGCAAACUGGGACCUUGUGGAAAAAGCAGCCUACCUGACAGUGAAAAUCCCUUCUUUUCAGUUACUGAAAGAGAGUUUGAAGCCAAACCAGUACCAGCUCCUAGGAAGAAACCUGUGAAAGAAAUGCUAGACCCUAGAUCCUGGAUGGAGUCACAAAUGUAACAUUUAAGCCCUAGACAAACAUGCUGUUUGAGGUGCUCCAAACAGCAAAGUUAGAGACGUGUGGCUGAAGAAGCAUUUAAAAAAUGGCCAAAGUAUUUCAAAUAUGACCUUAAAAAAACAAGGAACACCUUUUAAAUGCUUCCUGAAAUAUCUGCAUAUUCCAUCUGUCUUUUGGCAUCCCAUGGUGCUCCAUUAGCCAUCCCCAUGGGUCACUAGGGGAGGUGGGGCAGACAGGGAGAGAGGCGUGCAGGAAUUCCUGCUCUCCAGCCCCCUGGAGAGGUGGAAAAUAGAGGUGACAUCUAUCUCAUGCGGUGCUGAAUUUAAAGUGCUCUAGGAUUUGGAGUGUUUCAGAUGCAUGUCUGUCCAUGCCCUUAGUUUAAAAAUAUGCUCAGAAUAUAAAAGAGCAAUUGAUGUUCAUCAGUGAUGCAAACCUUUUGCUAGAACUUUGUGGCCAUUAAAAAUAAUUUUUAGCAUUAAGUUAAUAAAUGUGGUUGAUUGGCAAAAGUCUCUUAUUUGGCCUUGAAUUUUUUUGAAAUCUUAGCUUUGUUUUUCAUAGCUAAGAUCCGAAGAAAUUCCCUAGCAAAGAAGACUUUUUGGGUGUACAGAGGAAGGAAAACCAUGAUCAUGCUCGGAAACUGAUUUCAGGUUUGUCUUAGCAGGUCUGAUAUGCAGUCACCAAGUUCAUCAGUUAAGUUUUUUAGGAGUUGGUUCGUUUUUAAACAAUCCUGCCAACUCAAUCUGCAAUCUAUGAGGUUCCUUGUGCUUGAUAUGCUGUCAGAAUAGGCCAGGAUUAUUACAGCUGGCUUGUUAGUUCUGAUAGCACAUAAUAGUCUAAUUUGUUAGUGUGGCUGCUGGUUCUAUACCAGUAACACAUUAAAAAAAUCCUAUUUAAGAUGGGAAAUAUUUACUAAAAAUCAAUUACUAUACACAGAAAGAAGUUUUUAAGAGUAAGGUGUUCAAUUUGUUGUCACUUUUAUAACAUAAGGGAUACAUGAAAACCCUCCAUGUCAAAAAGAUAUAUUUCAUACUACUCCAUAGCAGCUAGUGGUAGACAGAAUAAUUGUAUGCAGGACCUUGUACUAGAAUGCAGUUAGGGGUUUCUCCCUUGUGUUCUUUAACUCCUUGAGACAACAUGUGAAUAUAGUGAAGUCAGACAACUCCUUUGUGGUCUAUUGACUACUUGUGGCAAGUUUAGAAUUCUGUGAGCAGGAAAUUCACUGGGACUGCUGCAGGACACCAGUAGAUAGGAAGAUCUUCUCUUUCUGAUGGUUAGAGUGCAAGACACUACAUUUCCUCCCUGGAAAUGGUCAGCACCUAGGUAAGGGGAUGCAUUUGUCAAACCUCAGAUAACUAUGGAUUCUGUUCUGAAAGUCAUACCAGUAAUUUAUGCAUACAUAUCACUCAGUUGCAGACAAGACCAGUCUGCAGUAAACCACUGCCUCUGAGGUUAGAAGGCAAGGGCUUAAAGUAUUAUAGUAAUGCCAGUCUAAUAUUCCAUUGACCUUGACGAGUUGUGAAUUACUGAUCUUUUUUUAAGAAAAGGAAUAUUUAAUCCUGGGUAGAGAUCUGGAAUAUUGAACUCACUAGCUGAAGACCCUAAUUGCCCAUCUCUGUGUUCAUGGAUAGCUUUGUUUUAUAUGCUGGAUUUUAGUACAUGAGAAAAUCAGAUUAUUUGUUUUACUAAUAGAAGCAGUUAGUGUUAGAUGCCUUUAUACAGUUAUGAAUUAUCCUGGUUUAUAGCUGGUCUUAAUCUGCUGUGCUACAUGAUGCCAUUUAUUAAGUUUUUAAAAAUCUUGAUACAGUUUUAAAGUACUACAAGCUCAGAUAUUUAUAGUUUCUCAAUUUUGUAUUUUUAUCCUCAUACAUAUCCUCUUUGCUGUAGCCUUGCAAAGGGUUCUGCAAGCAAAAACCUUAUUCUGUAUUAAUUUAUUGGAAAGCAUGUGUGUUAAAGUACGGGUUUUUAUAUGCAAAUCCCUUUGCAGGCUGGGGGCCUUUGGUUUCUAGAAAGCUUCUGCUCAUUUUAUAUUUAAUCAGGACCCUAUUUUUGUCUAUGGUAGCUGUGCUCAACCUUCUAACAAAUUGCAAAGGAUUGUUUGUAGGUGGGAAAUAAAUAACGGGCAGAGAAAGAAAAGAACAAAUACAUGAUUGGUGUAAAUUGGACACCCUCGGAAAAGUGGACUGCAAAUACUGUAGAAAAAAUAAGGGAAGAAAAAUACAGAAAUAAAAUGCAGAAGCAAAUACAUGAAGUGUGAUUAUAAGGAAGAUGGUAAUGGACCAUGUGGCUGCAGGGGCAGGGCAAGAAGUAAUGGUCUUAAAUACAAGAAGGGAAAUUUAGGCUGGAUAAUGGAGAUAAUUUUAAAACUUAUAAAUGAGCAUGUUACUUAGGGAUUUGUGCAGUCUCAAUCCUUGGAAGUUUUUAAGAGCAGGUAGGGACAAUAGUUGGCUGGAAUGGUUCGGACUGGAAUGAUCCUGGCUUGAGCAGGGGUUGGACUUAGUAAUAUACUGAGAUCCUUUCCAGCCCUAUAUUCCAUUUAGAAAUAGGUUAUAGGAAAAUUCUCUGUGACGUAUUGGCAGCUCCUUUGCCUUCAAGUCUUAAACUGUUGGAAUAAAAAGUACAUUUUUCAUUUUUUUUACCACAUCACCUCUAUUAAGUUACUGUAUUCCAAGAUAUAUUUCUAAGAUUUUUAAGGUCAAAGGAACACUAAAGAUUAUUUAUUCUGGAAUUCAUCAGGCCAUUGAAUUUCACUCAGCAAUUUCUCCAUUAAGCUCAGUAAAGUUGUUUUGCACUGCAGUGUAUCUUUAAGCCAGCUUUUAAUAUUGAUUUUUAAAGAUGCCAAGUGUGAUAGAAUUCAUCAAUACCUCCUGUCAUGAGCUGUUUCAAAGGUGAAUUACUCCUGUGUACAUUUUUCACAUUAAGUUUUGAAUUUUUUGAGCUUCAACCUCCAGCUUUUACAUGUUGUUAUACUUUUGUCUCCUAAUACAGACCCCUCUGCUAAUAUUUUUUCUUGUAGGUAGGCAGUUAGAUCACAGUUGAGUUUCCUUUUAACCUUAUCUUUCAUAAGCUCAAUAUCAUUACCUUAGCUAGGGUUCUGCUUGUGGUGCACAGGCACUGGGUGCCCUCACACAGAGGGGUGCAAAAUCAAAUUGAAGUAAUAUUAUGUAGUAGCAUGUAAGGAGGCACUCUGUACAUGACCUGCACUGAGUACCAAAAUGCCUGGGUAUGGCUCUGCUUAAUAUAUUGAAUUCCUUAAAUAUCUUAUUGCAAGGAACCUUUUUCUUUCAAAGCCAUAAUUGUUCUUAGAAUUCUUCCUUGAACUUAUCAACUAUUUAAACAUCUUUUUUGAAGUGUGGACAUGCAAAACUGGAAGUAAUAUUCCUGUAAUGAUCUAAAUAUUUGUGUGCAUGUAUGUGGUCUCUAUUUUUUGUUCCUGUAUGGAUCAUGUUUUUGCUCUUUGCCAGAGCAUUGCACUGAGAAAUAACGUUCAUGACCCAGGUUGCCUCCCAAGUCACUAUAUUCAAGAGUGUCGUUCCUCAUCCUAUAAUUGGCCUACUUUUUUUCCUAGAUAGAUGUAUAACUUACGUUUAGCUGUAUUACAUUUUGUACCAUCUCCUGAAGUGAUUCAGAUUGCUCUUUAUAACCUACCUGUCUCAUCCUUGACUAGUCAGUCAAGCUUUGCCAGCUUACUACCAGUCACUUCUACACUUUCUUUGAAGAUUAAAAAUUUUGAGGAAAUGGUGGAUUGAGAACUGACCUAUCUGAGGUCCCACUAUUGAUGGUUCCCAAUUAACAUUGUAUUUUAAGAGCAGCCAGUUGGUUCACUGAAUAUGUCCGUAUUGAUUUAUAGUGCCAGUAUUUUAAUCAGAAUGGGGUGGCCAUUUCACACACAUUGGAGAAUUAAAUGCAUUACAUCAGUGCAGUCACCCAUUAUCAACCAAACUUGUAAUAUCAAAGGUAGAUAUGCAACUUGUUAGACAAGAUCUGUUUUCUGUGAGCCUGUAUUGGUCUGCCUUAAUUAUAUUUCCAUCUUUUGAGUCCCUUAUCUCUAUUCCCUUAGUUCCCCAGAGAAAUAGAAACUCAUAAUGUAUGACACUGUUUCCUUCCAGUCACCUGGGAAGACUCCAACGUGCAAAGGUUUGUUAAAUGUAUUCAUUUAGGAACAUAGGACUGGAAAUGAUUUGCUGAUUCACUGAGUCAAGUGUAGAGCCAUCAUAGGCAAGCCUUCCAAAUGUAUCUAGUGUCAGCUGCUGCUAUCUUAAUAGUUAUUGUCAUCAACUUCACUUUCUUCUUUUGUUUUUCACAUCGCGUGUACCAGGUUAAUUCUUUAACUAAAGUAAACUACUGUUUUGUGACUGAGGAAUUGUGGCAUUGCUAUAUCUAGCAAAGUAUUUUUCUAACGUUGCAGUUUUAUUUAGGCAACUACUGAUACUUUCCAGUCACAAACUUGCCAUUCCAGAGUGCUUCCCAGCUAGAAUGCUACAAGCAUGUGCUGUUUCAUUUCUCUUGUCACAGGCUUUUCCUAUCUCAGCAGAUCCAGGUGGACAAGUAUUAAGACUUAUGUUCAUUUAAGGCUCUUAUUCUUUCUUGGAAAACCAAAGGUAAAUAAAACUCUCUUGGUUUGAAGACACUUCAGGUAGUAUUUAAUCCACAACUGUUCUAUUUAAGGCAGUGGUUCUCAGCCUUAUUAGAUUCAAAGAACUCAGAAAGACUGCAACAGAUCAGAGUAUUUUUUUGACAGUAUGGAUUCCUGUUGGAAAUCUCUGCAUUUAUCUUGUGAAUUGUGUGUAGGUGUUUGCACACCUAACAGUGCUAUGUGUAGCACCCUUAAAAAUGCUAUGCCACCCAAAAAUGCCACAGCACCCUGGUUGAAAAUUGCUGGUUUAAAGCUUACGAUUAACAUAUUUACUCAAAUGCAAGACAAAGUUCAAUGAAGCUCCUCAUCUUGGAUCCAAGUACAAGGUGGAGGGCAGGCAGUUGUUGCUAUCGUUUUUACAUGCCCCACAGGCUGGGGCCACCAUUACCUCAGCUGUUGCUGCCUGGCAGGGCAGGGGCCACAGCUGCCAUGCUUGACCAACCCCGUCUUCCACUUUGCCCUAGCUGCUGCUUUCCCUGCUACACUGGUGGGGGAGACUAAUUUAAGUGACCCUCCAAUAAUUAGAUUCUACACAUGGAAAAUGAUAACGUAUUGAUACAUUUUCCAUAUAUAGAAUAUGAUUAUUGGGGGUUAUCUUAAAUUUGAAGUCAUCUUGGAUUGGGCUAAAGACAAUAUUCAAUAGUCCUUCACAGGUCAUAUAUUGUAAUAUGAAUGUUUAUCCUUUUUAUCUAAGGCCAGGGCUGUUUUGGUCCAUAGGUUACUCUUUAAUUUUUUGUUCCUUUAUGUCAGGAGCCUCUGGGAGUCUCCAGGUUUCCUGCAUCUCCUUUCAUUUACAUGUUUGAGGCUUUUCCGUCCCUGUUAUACAUGAUCUCCCAUGUUAACUAAUUUUCAAACCUUUUUUAGUAUCAAAUGCCUCUCACCAGGCCAAGGUGGGAGCUGAGCUGUCACAGAGAGCUGGGUCCAUUCCCCUUAAAGGAACCAGUCACCCAAGAACACCUCAGUCAAUUUUGACUCUAACUAUUUUUAGCUUAGGGAAGCUGACCCUCUUAAAUUGCGAAGUGGGUUCUUUAAUGUGUUCAUACAUAACAAAGAACCAGAUAAUGAUCAUUUACCUCUCAUCAAUCACUGUUUUUCCCCUUUGGUGAUCAGUUCCUUAUUACUUGUCAGAAUAAGGUCUAAUAUUAAUGUUUUUGUUGGGAAAUUAUGAUCUACCUUUCCAAAGUCCAGGAGUACUUCAGUACUGCCAGCAUUUAUCUCCUAGUUUCAGUCCCAUAGGAUAAUACCUUUUUUCUUUUUUCAUACUAGAGAUGCUUUGGGGUCUGAUAUUCCUAUUCUCUAAUCUGCUAUGAUCAGUAGCUGCCUGCCAUAAAGAACUCUUUUGCUUUAAAGUGUGGUGCAUAAGCAUCUUAAAAUCCCCUGCUUCCAAGUUGUCUGUAAGUCUAAAGCAUGUAAUAAUAUAUUUGAUAGAGUGCCAGUUCCCAGCCCUACCCCCUUUCUUAGUUUUAGGGACUGUUUAAAAUUAAAUCCUCAUGAGAGUGCUUCUGUCAGGCUUCAACAGUAGCAAAAAAGCAACACUGUUGCUCUUCUUCACUGUUCUGGCCAAACUAAGAACUAUCCUCACUCUUGCUUAAGCAGUCUCCCCAUGUUACCAGCUUCUUAGCAAUGGGUCAGGGUUAUCUGCCCACCAUGGAAGAGGAGGAUGGAUUCUUAUAAAAAUGUAUUGAUACUUGUUUCACCAGCAUUUGGCUCCACUGUCAUUUUUCUCUGUAGGUUUUCAGCACUUAGAGUGUGUUCCAAAUAUCUGUCUGUCUGUCUUCUUUUCUGAAGACCCCAGUCCCUUGUCUAAAGGAGGGAAGCCAUGACCUGUCUGCCCAGCAAUUCCAAAUCUAGUAUCCUUUUUCCCCAUGUACAUUCUUUUCAUGCUGCCAACAUACUUUGACCUUAGAAAUCUAGAUCUGGCAGAUCUUUAUUGAUUUGCCUUCUGCACAAUGACAGGCUAUAGUAUUUUGUUGCUGAAAAGUUGCACUUUUUUGUUCAUUAAACGUGUACAUUUAGAUAUUAGAAGGUUUGCCUUCCUCUUUUCUCUUGCGUGUUUCUGUGUUUCACUCAAAUGGUUUGAAAUAUAACAAGGACUUUUUAUUAUUGCCUUUUGUUUUUAAUAAGUUGCUCAGCACCUCAAAUCCUCUUAGAAGGAAGAAGGUGAUGCUUUAUGAAUACAGUUAUAUUUUUUAAUGUCAGCUUUGGUUGAUGUUUGGUACGGGACUGUUUCAGUUUGCAUUAGGUUAUUUCCCAAGCUGUGAAGCUCUAUGUAUGUAGCAUAAGGUAAAUGCUGAAGCUUUUGUAAUGAUAUUGUUGUUUUGGGUUUGUUCAUGAGGAAUAAAUUGUGCAGACUAGCAGAGGGGUAGUAUUACAGAAGUCUGACCCCUUAAUGCAGGGGCAUCAAACACACUUGGGGUCCAGGCUGGAGACAAACCAUGGAGCUCCAUUUGGUCCGGAUCCAUCCCAGAGCACAGGGGUGGCCACCAUGCCACUGCAGCAGCAGUAUGGUGUCCAGUGAUGACAAGAAGUCUGAGGGAAGGAGGCCCAGGUCUGCAACAAUGAUCUGGGGGCAGUGGCAGCAAGCCAAGCUCACCACUGACAGCCAUGGCCAAAGGGCCCUAAACUCUGCAGGAGACCAUGCCCCCAAAUGUGCAGUGGCCCAGUGGGCUGAAUGGGGAGUCUGCAUGGGCUGAAUUGAGCCCACAGGCCUUGUGUGACACCCUUGCCUUACUGAAGAUAAUGAAAUUCUCUUGUCACUCCAGUACUAAAAGAAACAUGUCAAUUAAGCCAUCUUCUCAAUUAUGGGACUCAUAGGAAUUAAUUCUGAUAUUUUCUUUUACUUCAUAGCUUGAAAAAAGAUUAGUAAUAUAGAAUGCUUGUAAAAAUGGUAAGUUAGAUUUUAUUUUAACAAAUACCAAUUCAAAAAGGUUUCCUGCUGUGACUAGACUUGCCAGAUAGCACCAGGCAGUGCAGUUUAUCCAGAGUCCUUGAACUUGUCAUUCUCUGUAUAAGCUUUGGCCAUCAAGCCCAUGUGCUUCCUAUCAGGGUGUCUUUUAAAUGGAUUCUACUGAAUGGGAGAAAAAGAGCUAACUCAUUUGAAAGCACUUGGUAUUUUCUUUUUAAUACAUUACUAAAACUUUUUGAAUGUAGCACAAUGAAAAGGAAAAACUAGAGGUUUUAUGCAUCUAAUUUGUUAAUCACACUCGCAUUAUCUCAGCAGUAUCUUUCAAUGGACAUGAGCUGUUUGCUUUAGAAGUUAAUUUUUUUUAUCCCAGUAGAGAACAAAUUGGUACAAUUUUGUUAAAAAUGCAAUUUGAAAAAAACAAAAACCUUUGUGACUUAGAGGUUGGAAACACAGGUGCUAGAAACAGUCAACAUACAUUCCUUGUCCUGUGAACUACCCUUUAGAUGCAAUUGAUGGUACAAACUUUAGGUUAAUAGCAACAUAGUAGAAGAUGAAGGGUGUCUUUACUGCAAUACUUGCACUGUUGGCUCUGUAAAGUUUUGUACUGUAUCUAAUGUCUUAGUUGUUUUAUCUUGAUGUAGAUGGAACUAAAAUUUGAAAAUUUAUCUUGGACAUCAGCUUAAUGUGUUUACAUUUUUACUUCUGUUGUAAUUUAGUUUUAUCUGUACUAAUUGUAUUAAUACUUAGUAUGUUUUAUUUUUGUUUGUAUGUACUUAGAAAUACUGCUUAAGUGUUCACAGUUAAUUUAUAAUCUAACUCAGUUACUUUAAUAGAAAGAUAUAGAUAUGAAAGCUAAUGUAUUUUAUGAAAGGUUAACAAAGUCUGUUGCUAAAAUCUGUAUUUCAAAUAAAGUACAUUUUGGAUAAAACA